AUGCAUGCAUUGGGAGAAGGCGGUUCGAAUGAAGCUGCAGUUACACAACAGGAUCUCGCAUCAAAUGCGAGUGAGAGUUGCGUGCUGUGUGUAUGCUCACGAUGUGACAUGCCGAUUCGAGAAAGAUUCGUCAAUCGGGUUCUUGAGCGUUCGUAUCAUACGGACUGUUUGAGAUGUUAUGUAUGCAACGAAGCCCUGACCUCAACGUGUUUCAUGAAAGAGGAUUCGCUUUUCUGCAAGGAUCAUUUUUACAAACGUUUUGGGACGAAGUGCACACGAUGUGGUGAUGGCAUCAUUCCGGAUUCAGCAGUACGGAAAGCAUCAGGUCACGUCUAUCACGUUAGCUGCUUUCAAUGUGUCGUUUGUAAGCGAGAAAUGAAAACUGGCGAAGAAUUUUAUCUGAUCCCUGAAGACGGUCGUCUGGUAUGCAAAAGUGAUUACGAGUUGGCUAGAGAUAAACCUAUCGACUCAGAAAUGGAUGUCAGCAAUAAACGACCGAGAACAACGAUCUCUGCCAAGAGUCUCGACACCCUGAAACAAGCAUACACUGCGAGCAGCAAACCAGCUCGUCACGUGAGAGAGCAACUGGCAGCAGAAACCGGCUUGGAUAUGAGGGUUGUCCAGGUAUGGUUCCAAAACAGACGUGCAAAAGAGAAGCGACUAAAGAAGGAUGCUGGUCGACGAUGGGGUCAAAACGGAAACAUUAAGACGGACAGCGACAGCAACUCCCCUUCAGGAAGUGUGACUGGCCAAAGUCCUGUCUAUGGUUAUAUGGACCAGACCGACCCUGACCAUCAUUCAUCCGAAGUUACUUAUCCAGUGUCUGACAUGGAAAACUAUGCUGGAAUUCCUCGUCCCGAGCUUGGUUUAGCCCCGGCUGGUGCUCUACUUGGCAUGGAAACAAUCCCAAUGAUUCCACCUGUACCACAAGAACACCAAUUCUACAUGCCAGCUCCACAACCUGUUCAGGCACACCUCAAUAAUGUCGCUCUCACCGGGCUUAUGCAUAACUAUCUCAUCUAA